CAGAUUCUCUUGCUGCAUGGGCCCCCUGGUACCGGCAAGACUACCCUGGCCCAUGUGCUUGCAAAGCAUGCAGGAUAUUUUCCUGCUGAGAUCAACGCGAGUGACGAGAGAACUGCAUCUGCACUCAAGAUCCGCCUGGAGGCGCUCGCGGAGAUGAGAGGCUCCUUUACGGGAGGCCGACCGAAUUGUAUUAUACUUGAUGAAGUGGAUGGAAUCGGUGGCAAUGAAGGCCAGGUCGACAAUCAAAAACACGUGUCUGUAAAUCGUCCAAUCAUUUGCAUCUGCAAUGACGUCUAUGCUUCAUCGCUCAGAGCGGUCAAAAAGAUCGCUCACAUUGUGCGCUUUGCUCCCCCCGAGGAACAGAGAAUGAUUUCAAGGCUGCAGACAAUUUGUAUG